CUUACUCAUCGGUUCAUUGUUCACUGGAGGACCUCCUUUGCUUAGAGUGUUCAGCUGGGAUGGGAACUAUGUUUAUGAUACGAGGACUGAUUAGUGCGUGUAGUGACCUAGGUUCUCAAAUGUUAAACCGCAACAGUGCGUGGAAGGUGUUGGAUUAGAACGGUUCUAGGCGCCUUUUAAAAGAAACAAAAACAACAACGCAACAAGUGUUAAUAAUAUGUAUGAAUAAACGCAGUUCAUUAGCAGUGUGAUGUGAGCAAUUAAUCAAGUACCAAAUGGAGCCCCAAUACGACGAACCGGCAAACUUCAAUUCCUCUAAACUGUGAUAAACCAUGCAAGUGCAAACGACAGCAACGUAAUAAAAGUGAUAACAAUUAAGCAGAACAAAAAAGCGCGGUAGCUGACAGAAGAAUUAAAAAAAAAAACGCGCGCGUGAGAAAUUGAAUGCGCGACGACCCAUUCUCGAGACGAGGUGGCUGCCUGGCAAAUUGGACGUCUGUGUGCUGUGCUGUGCUGUGGUUAAUUCACACGUGUUGUCGUUCAUCAGUUUGUCAGAGUUGUCCGGGUUGAUCUGAGCACCCCAGAAGGUUGUUGCCGAGAACAAUCACCUUUCUGCGAUCAUUCGAAGGCAUAAGGCCAUCAGUCGACGGAGAAGAAGAAUAAUGGCAGCGUUGUUGAAGAAUGUGACCAACAGUAUUUGGCACGCGUUCAGCGCCCUGCAGCAAGAUGACACCGGCUUCGUUGGCAAAUCGAAAUUGAAGGUUCUCACGGCGAACAUCGCAACCUUGCUCGAUUUGUACGGCGUUGAACGGGGUCUAGAUCACUACCGCUCCACACCGACAAUCAACUUCGAUCACUUUCUGUACUACCUGGGCCAGGAAGUAUUCUCUCCUCUUUCCAACGAACUUCCACUCUCACUGAUGCGCAACUACGAAAGCAAAAUCGAUGAGGUCUGUUGGUUCGUAUGUCACAAGGAUUACCAGAUUAGUAGCGACACCUACUUCACGGAGGAAACGGUGUAUCAGCUGUUCCGGAUUUUCUGUUUGAUGGCAGACCUGUACCGUGAUGACGUAGAUGAAAACCAGUUUUCCGUCAAAAUUCAUCCAUCGGAGGCGUUGAUCGUUGUGAAGCAGUUGCUGAACUCACUCGGGUUGGAUUACAACAAUGAGGAAAAGUACGAUUAUUUGAAGAAGUCCGAUAAUGGAUUGUUUUUCGGAGAGUUUUUGGAUAUUUUACGGUUCAAGGACUACGACAAAGUGAACGAUUAUGUGGCGUCGAUCUGCGAAGCAAUCGGAGAUAUCUACCAGACGUUGAUCAUGGAUGUGAUCAAAAAGGGGUAUCUGUUUCGGAGAGGUUACGUGUUGCCAACGUUUCGAGAGUACUUCUUCGUACUGCAGCCUUGCGAGCUUAGUUACUAUAAACAUCACACAGAUAAAGAUACUUGCGGAGCGAUCUGUUUGGAUUCGAAAUUCAUGGUGAAACCAAGUAUGUCGUCAUCGGGGAAGACGGAACGAAUUCAAAAGUUUACACUUGUUUCGGGCGAUCGAACGUACGAAUUAGGGGCGCAGGAUCACAAAACGAGACUUCAAUGGAUAUCGGCACUUCAGCUUGCGAUCACUUAUUCCACUGGUAGAGAAGGCUUCCAAAGAGAUACAGUAAACAGAAGGAAACAGCACCGUGAGUUGGAGCUCCGGAAACGUCAAGAAGAAGAGCAGAUAAGAAACAACCAUUUGAAGCGGUUGGAAGAGACAAACGUGCAGCUGGAGCAAGAGAAGCUAGCUCGACUGGCUGCUGAAUCGCAAGCAAGACAGUUCGAAGCCGUAGCCAGGGAAGAUUCACGCCGAGUUGCCGAGCUGGAAGACGUCAAAAUGAGCUUGGAAAAGAUGUUGGAGGAUGAGAUACAGGCGAAACGUGAUGAAGAAAUUGUUCGUGCACUGCAAGCUCGAGUUUUGGCUGAAGAGUGGGAAAAACGAGAGGAGCUGGAACAGCUGCAAUCGGAACAGAAGACUUUGCUCGAGCAAGAGCGACAGAAACGCAUCGAAUUCGAACACCGACAGCAGGACAAUGACAAAAGGCUGAAGGAGGCGGAACAAAAACUGCGUCAGCUGGAAGACGAGCGGAAGCGUUUGGAUCGGGAAUUGAAGCAAGCCCGACAGAAAAUUCAACUGUCCGAGGAUAACAAAGGCAUAGUUGAGGCCAAGUUACAGGCAAUGGCACCAACAUAUCGAAAGGCCCCGGACUUCAUGAUACGACGAACGCAAUCGUUCGUGGCUUCCGAUCGACCAGUGAUUGUACCCGCUCCUCGUUGAAAAAAAAUAAAAUACAACAAUUUAUUUUUGUUAAGGAUUUUCUUUCCGUUGUAGUAAUUUAUCGUUUGGCCAUUUUUAUUCGUAUAUAUUUUAGCCGUAAGAAUAAGCAGUAUUUUAUUGGGUGCCCACACUAACUCAAACCGUGUCGAUGACAUUUGCAAUAAAUUCGAGUAACACUA